AUGGCCUCGUCUACGGAUAUCGGGCAGCUUCCCUCCGCAGCUGUGCGCCAGUCAAACUUCGAACAAGCCGUUGCCUACUCCCUCCAUCUUUGGCCGGCGCUUACGCUCGCUGUUCAAAACGGCUGGGGUGGCCCCGAUUCAGCAGAUAAGCGUGACUGGUUUGCCGGCGCUAUCGUCGACCUGUUCUCCGAAUUUAGCGAUGCGCCCCAGACCAAGCCCAUCGAAGAACCCGACAUGGAGGACGUUGAGACUGUAUUGCUGCAGGUCAUGAUAGAUGAGUUCGAGGUUAACGUUGAUGAUGAUUCGGGCACAGAGGUCGCCGGCAAUAUCGUCCGAGCGAGAGCCGAAUGCGCUAUUGGCCAGUUCGACGAAGUGAACAAGUUGAGCCAGCGGUUUCAGAACCUCAAGGGCAAGAAGGUAGAUCAACUGUUCAAGAAGGCUGAAGAUGUCGACCAAGAUACCGACUGGGAAUCAGACGAUGACGAUGAUGAUGAUGCAAGUGACAUCGACAUGGAUGACGCCCCUGCGCCACCUUCGGCACCCAAGGAAAAGCCAGCUCCUGAAGUUGACGAGGACGGUUUCACAAAAGUUACGCACAAGAAGAAGUAA